ACAAAACUUAGCUGUGUCCGAUCGUGCCUUUUAAACUGGAUAACUUAAUUGAUCCUCGAGGCAUGGCUUCCGAGGGUUUCUCAGCGGCCGAGCUGGCGGACAUGCCCGACAGGAUUGCGGAGACCUUCACGGGGCGGCGGCUGCUCGUCACCGGGGGCACUGGGUUCAUGGGCAAAGUGCUUAUAGAGAAACUGCUGAGGAAAUGCCCGGAUAUAGGCCAGAUCUUUCUUCUUGUGCGCACCAAGAAGGGGAAGAAUCCCAAACAGAGAUUGGAAGAGAUCUUCAAUGGAGAGUUGUUCGAUAUGCUCCGCAACAUGAGGGGCAGCAUCGAGCCGCUCCUGCAGAAGGUUACCAUCAUCAGCGGCGACGUGUCAGCACCAGACCUCGCCAUGAGCGAGGAGGACAGGCAGAAGAUCAUAGAAGAAGUCGAUGUCAUCAUUCACGCUGCUGCUACGAUCAGAUUCGACGAAGAGUUGAAGAAGGCAGUAUUGUUGAACGUGCGAGGCACCAAGCUGGUAUUAGAGCUGGCUAAACAAUGCAAGAAGCUUCAGCUCUUCAUGCACAUAUCUACGGCUUACUGCCACCUGCACGAGAAACUUCUGGAAGAGAAGCCUUACCCUCCUCCAGCUGACCCCCACCAGAUCAUACAGGCGGUGGAGUGGAUGGACGAUGAGACCAUCGCUACGUUGACACCAAAAUUGCUGAACAAGCUGCCCAACUCGUACGCGUUCACUAAAGCCCUGGGUGAGGGGUUAGUAGUGGAGUACAUGCAGCACAUUCCUGCCGUCAUCUUAAGACCUUCUAUUGUGAUCCCCAUAUGGCAAGAGCCUCUUCCCGGAUGGACUGACAACAUCAAUGGCCCCACUGGUCUGCUUAUUGGGGCUGGUAAAGGCGUAAUCCGCACGAUGUACUGCAAGAGCAACAGCUAUGCCGACUAUUUACCCGUGGACGUGUUCAUCAACGGCAUCAUGAUCCUGGCCUGGAAUUACCUCGUUUAUGGUGACAAACAGACGAACAUAGUCAACUUCACAUCAUCAGCGGAGAUCAAGGUGACGUGGAACGAACUCAUUGAGGCCGGACGAGAGAUCAUCAUGAACAGGGUGCCUCUAAACGGAGUUGUGUGGUACCCCGGUGGUUCCAUGAAGCACUCCCGUCUGUACCACAACAUCUGCGCGUUCUUCUUCCACUGGCUGCCGGCCAUAUUCAUUGACAUCCUACUCUUCUGCCUCGGAUAUAAGCCUGUUUUAAUGCGCGUACACAGACGCAUCAGUAAAGGUUUCGAAGUGUUCGAGUAUUAUACCAACAACCAGUGGGACUUCAAAUCUGACACUGCGCAGAAAGUGAGACAGAGGAUCAACGCCAGAGAGAAACGGGACUACAAGGUCGACGCUCUUGGACUGGACAUAUUAAAGUAUUUCGAAGACUGCAUCAAAGCUGCCAGAAUCUACAUUCUGAAAGAGUAUGAUGAUACUUUACCGGCAGCGAGGAGGCACAUGAGAAUAAUGUACUGGGUUGACGUUAUAACCCAGCUACUCUUCUGGGGUCUAAUCCUGUACUGGUUUAGUGGUCUAUUCUCCGGAAUAAGCUCCUACUUCUUCGGCACGACCAGUAACGUGACACCAUCUGUAAUGGAGGCGUAGUCGCCAUUUUGUUGUGAAUAUAAAAUGGCCGACGACGCAAUCCGACGCGUAAUGAUCGGUAGAAGACUGGUUAUGUUGUGUUAUAAGCGAAUUUGUUAUUGAUAAGUACUUAGAUGUAUUUUUUUAAGGGAAUAAAAUAAAAUUAUCUUCGUAUGUAUUGACAGUGAUUGACGACGAAUUUUACGUCGAUGAAUAUUGGGAUUACUAUUAUAAUUUUUAAGAAAACUAAGUUUUUCUUUUCUUUUCUGGUGAUUCGAUUGCAAACUUAUUCCAGAAUAUUUAAUAUGAAUUUGAGUAGUAUUAAGCAAUAAUUUUAAAUACUUUUUUAAACGAAGAAAUAGUUAAAUCAUUUUUUUUAUAGUUUUUCAAUUAAUAGUAUAAUAUUAUUUAAUCUUUCUACCACCUACUUGUUACAGACUGAUAUUUUUUUUUAUUUUCUUUUUAUAAUUGUUAAAGAUAUUCUGUAGUUAAUCUGUUUUGUUUGUAAAUAGGAAAAAAUAUUUUAUGCUCUCGUACUCUUUUAUUGCAUAAAAGACACUCUUAUUGGGUUAUAUUAAAGCAAUUAUUUAUUAAUCUUGUUCCAUCCGGAGCAACAUAGUUUACAGCAUUUUUGAAAGAAUUCGUUUUUAAGAAAGAUAAUGUUAUUAUCAUAUAAUAUUGCUUUUACUUCUGUAUUUUUUUUCUUUUUCAUAUUUUCACACAGGGUCACAUAUUCAAAACCCAAGCUUUUUUUAAUUUUCAUUAUAAAUAUUAGAACUAAUUGUGCUUGUAAAUAAAAAGAAUAAAAUUCGAAAUAGCUUUUAAGUCGGUACGUCCCAUAGUUUAUGUUAAUUGAGAAAAUGUAAAUUUUGACUUUCUAUGUUAAUUAACACAAAAGAAAUUGUACAUAAUUUGUAACCAUUUUUAGAGUUUGAUAAAUAAAGUAUUAAAGU